AUGUAUGCGCCCUUCGCCAGCCUCUUCACGAGCCCCGCGAGGUACGUGAACGCGACGACGCAGCCCUUCGCCUUCGCGCGGGCGCGGAACGUCCUGCUGCAGGCCCGCCUCGGCCGCGUCGAGGCGUUUCGGAUGGAUACCUCGCACCGCCAUUGGAUCCCGCUCUUCGCGCAGAACCUCCGCGGGGGCUUCCACCUCGCCGGGCUCUGGUGCGACCCCCGGCUGCAUUUUUUCGUCUUCGCGACGGAUGCGCGGGUGGGGGUCUGUCAGCUGCGCUGGCGCCGCGGCGCCGAGGCCGCGUUGGCGAUCCGGCGAAUCGAGGAGGUCCUGGAGCUGCCCGCGCACCGCGGCGUCCUCGACGCGGUCUUCACCCCGCCGCUUUCUCAACCCGCAGGGGAAGCGACGGAGGCGGCGGAGGGGCCCGCCGACGAGGGCACGCUGCAUCUCCUCUACGACGACGAGGUGGUGUCGAUCACCCUCGCGGAGGGGUUCCCGGUGGUUCACACCAGCCUCGACCCCGACCCCGGGGUCGAGGACAACGGGGAAACGCCGGGGAAGCGACGCCCGCGGGGCUCCCCUGCCGGGGGGUUCCGUCCACGGCGGUUGGGGUGGGGCGCGGGGGCCUCGCCGGCGGCCGCGGGGUGGCUGUUCGUGUACGGCGAAGGUGGGGUUUGGCGCUUUGAGCUCACGCCGGAUGGGAUGCCGCGGAUGGACUCCGUGAGGCUCUCCGCCACCGCCGCGGAGAUCCGCCGGGUGGUGCGCGUGAUCCCGACGAUCCACCGGGAGGGUGGCGACGCCGCCGGGAAGACGACCCUCGGGGAGGAUCUCGUGGUUGGGAUUUCGCCCGCGGAGGGUCGCUAUGUAUGCCGUAGCAUGGCGUCGUUGUGUGGGGAGGCGGAGGGCGAGGGAAAGGGGCCGCAUGCGGAGGUCGCCCUGCCCGCUUCUCUACCGCAUGACGUGGUGUUUAUUGCCGGCGUGCGCGGUGCCGAGCAGGCGGAAGGGACGACCCCCGACGCGCCCGAGAAAAGCGCGGAUCAGAACCUGAGUAGGAAGGAUCGCCGGCCCGGUGAGGAGCCCUGUCGGUAUCUGGGAUACUUUAGUCGUGGGCUGAUUUACGCGGGCGCGCGCGACUGGAAGAUGAUUGGACGAGCAUCUGUUGAGGCGGCUUUUGUCAUGAAGGACGGCCGUCAUGUGCUGAUAUUGGAAAGAAACCUGGAGAAGGCGUUAGAGAUGCUGCCCAUGUGCUGGAAAGUUCGACGUUUCGGAAAUUAA